AUGGAGGAAUUUGGCAGCUUUAUAGAUCGUAUGGAGGUUGUUGAUGUCCAACCAAUUGGCAGCAUUUUCACAUGGAUCAAACCGAAUGGCAAGGCGUGUAGCAGGUUGGAUAGAAUCCUGCUGUCUGAAGAGUUGGUUUCAAUUUGGGGUGUUGUUGCUCAGGAGACGGGCCUAAGGAAUAUCUCUGACCACAAACCGGUGUGGCUCAAAUCAAGUAGGUUGGAUUGGGGACCAAAGGUGUUCAAAGUUAAUAGCUGUUGGUUUGACCAUAAGGAGUUCAAAGAGUUUGUAGAGAAAGAGUGGAAUUUACUCAAGUUCAAGGGCAGUAAAGCAUUCACAUUAAAGGAAAAAUUUAAGAGACUAAGGGAUAAAUUACGAUGGUGGAACACUAAUGUAUUUGGGUGGGUGGAUUUGAAAAUAGAGGAGAAUGCUAAAGAUUUAAACUCGAUGGAAGAAAGUAUGUUGGAGUGCAUAUCACAAAUCACAGAUGAAGUGAGUCUUGAAAGGAGUAGGAAGCAGGAAGAGCUCUGGAAAAAUAUACAUUACAAGGAAAGAAUCCUUCAACAAAAAUCAAGAACAAGAUGGGUUAGGGAGGGCGAUAAUAACACAAAAUUUUUCCAUGCUACGUUAAGGGCAAGAUACAAAAGAAAUGCUUUAAUCUCGGUGAGAAGGAGGAAUGGUGAGGUGGUUGAGACGGUACAAGAGGUGAAGGAGGAAGUAAGGAACCAAUUUGCUGCCCGGUUCCAAGAAGUAGCUGUUCCCCGUCCUAGCUUACAUAGUAUUGACUUUGUUAGCUUGACAGUAGCAGAAGCGAAUAGUUUGAGGGGGAUGGAGAUAAAAGUCCAGGCCCAGACGGGUUUAAUUUGCUGUUCAUAA